AUGCUCGUGUGCGCCACCAGCAAGCAGUGGCUGAACAGGCAGGUGCGGGCUGCAUUGCACAGGGUCAAAGGAACUGUAGAAAGAAUCGAAAAGAUCCACUCAUAUAAAGCAGUUGUACAAGCUGAAACUGUGCCUGCGGCCUCGCCCAGAGAGGGAACCCAGCUUUUGGCCCCGCCCAAUCACCGGACCAAGUCUGCGAUCACAGCGGAAACAGACACCAGAAUUAAGACCCAGCCUGCUGCCCGAGCAACCCCGCCUCUAACCCCGCCCAGCUACAGAGGCGCCACAGCGUCCCCGCCCAUCAAACCCAAUGGCCUACCUGACCACGAGGCCAGCCUGUGGCUCUGCACAACUCUGGGCACCGUGCGCAUUUCCCCCCAUCUCAGAACACAGCUCCAGUGGGUGCCUCCAACUGCGAAACCGCGCCUGAAUUCAGCGCCCGGCCCUCCGCAUCAUCCAAUCGAGGAGAAUGGCCAACACCUCAUCCAACCUGGAGUGCAAGGAGCACAGGCCGGAACUCUGCCCAAAGGCACAAUCCAACCCCUGGCGCAGCCCUGCCAGGGAACACCACCCUGA